GGGACACUUUUCCAUUGCCAUUAGUCAGCUGAAAAGUUUUCCAGCUCUUUGACGGAAGCAGAGCGCGCGGCUGAUUUCCGCUUCCCUCUCUGCUGCUUCUGCCGCUGCUGCUGGACACUGAAGGAAAGAUGGCGGCGGCCGAGACCGAUCGUGAUGCACCGUCCGCUCUGUGUAGCGAAUUCCUCAAUUUCUCCGCAAAGGACACCGCUGCGAAAUGGCUGCAGGUGAGCAACCUACCCAAAGAGGUGUACCAGCACUUGGCCUGCUACGUCCCCAAGAUCUACUGCCUGGGCCCCAACCUGAACCCUCAGAACGAGGACCUGCUGGCUCAGCUGCUGCUUCAGAGCCCGCUGGAGUGGUACCUGUGCGGGGAAGAGCCGUCUGUGGGAUUGGCCAAGCUGGAACAGAACAACCAACCCUCACAGCUCUGUGGCCAUGUGUUUAAAGUGGGAGAGCCAACGUACUCAUGCAGGGAGUGUGCGGCUGAUCCGACCUGCGUGCUGUGUAUGCAGUGCUUCUUAGGCAGCGUUCACAAAGAGCAUCGCUACAGGAUGACCACCUCAGGAGGAGGAGGCUUCUGCGACUGCGGCGACACAGAGGCCUGGAAGAAGGGUCCUUACUGUCAGAAACACGAGCCCAAUAUCAGUGACUCUUCCCAGAAGGAUCCGUUGGCUAAUCUAUCUGAUGAGAUGGUUGCUCGCACGUAUAAUGUUUUCUCCAUCAUCCUCAAAUAUGCUGUGGACAUGCUCACCUGGGAAAAAGAAGACGAGCUACCUGAAGGCCUUGAGCCCCCGGCGCGUGGAGACACGUACUACUGCAUGCUGUUCAAUGAUGAGGUCCACACGUACGAGCAGGUCAUCUAUACAUUACAGAAAGCUGUGAACUGCACUCAGAAAGAGGCCGUCAGUUUCGCCACCACUGUGGACAGAGAUGGCAGGAAGUCUGUUCGCUUUGGGGACUUCCAGUUUUGUGAGCAGGCCAAAUCUGUUAUUGUGAGGAACACGAGUCGGCAGACGAAACCCCUGCGGGUUCAAGUCAUGCACUCCUCUAUAGUGGCUCAUCAGUGUUUUGCGCUCAAAGCUCUCACCUGGCUCGGCCAAAUCAUCAGAUACUCAGAUGCUCUGAGGAGGAUCCUGUGUCAGGUGGGUCUGCAGCGAGGACCGGAGGGAGAGAACUCUUCUCUGGUGGACACGCUCAUGCUCUGUGACUCCAAGAUGUGGAAAGGAGCAAGAAAUGUUUACCACCAGCUCUUUAUGAGCAGCCUACUCAUGGAUACAAAGUACAAGAAACUUUUCGCAAUCCAGUUUGCAAAGAAUUACCGGCGCCUCCAGACAGAUUUUAUGGAGGACGAUCACGAGCGUGUAGUGUCAGUGACCUCUCUGUCAGUGCAGCUCUUCACCGCCCCCACUGUGGCGCGGAUGUUGAUAACAGAAGAGAACCUGAUGACCACCAUCAUCCGCACCUUCAUGGACCACCUCAGACAUCGAGACCUGCAGGGCCGCUUUCAGUUUGAACGCUACACCGCACAACAGGCCUUCAAAUUCCGCCGAGUCCAGAGCCUUAUAGGAGACCUCAAGUAUGUCCUGAUAAGCCGUCCAACAGAGUGGACCGACCAGCUCAGGGACAAGUAUCUGGAAGGUUUUGAUGCUUUCUUGGAGUUGCUAAAAUGCAUGCAGGGAAUGGACCCAGUAGUGCGCCAGGUGGGGCAGCACAUAGAGAUGGAGCCAGAAUGGGAGGCAGCGUUCACCUUACAGAUGAAGCUCACACAUAUCAUCUCUAUGAUGCAGGAAUGGUGUGCCAGUGAUGAGCGAGUGCUGAUCGAAGCCUAUAAGAAGUGCCUGAGUGCGCUGACUCACUGCCACAGUGGUUUCACAGAUGGGGAGCAGCCCAUAACCCUCAGCAUGUGCGGCCACUCCGUCGACACCAUCCGCUACUGCGUCUCUCAGGAGAAAGUCAGCAUACACCUGCCUGUGUCCCGGCUUUUAGCAGGUUUACAUGCUCUGCUGAGCAAAAUUGAGGUUGCCUAUCGAUUCCCUGAGCAGCUUCCCCUGAGUGAACUGAGUCCACCCAUGUUGAUCGAGCAUCCGCUUCGCUGCCUUGUACUCUGUGCCCAGGUGCAUGCUGGGAUGUGGAGAAGAAAUGGCUUCUCUUUGGUCAAUCAGAUCUAUUAUUAUCACAAUGUGAAGUGUAGAGUGGAGAUGUUCGAUAAAGACCUCAGCAUGCUUCAGGCUGGAGCUUCCAUGAUGGAUCCAAACCACUUCCUGAUGAUCACGUUGAGUCGUUUUGAGCUCUAUCAUAUAUUCAGCUCAGCAGACUGCAGAAAGAGAUACAGCAGAGAGAAUGCUAACAAGGAUGUGGUUCAGCAGAAUAACACACUAAUUGAGGAGAUGCUGCAUCUGGUCAUUAUGAUCGUGGGGGAGCGAUACACAGCAGGUGUUGGUCAGGUGGAGUGCUCUGAUGAGAUAAGGCGAGAGAUCGUUCACCAGCUAUGCAUUCGACCCAUGGCCCACAGCGAGCUGGUCAAAGCCCUGCCUGAGAAUGAGAAUAAGGAAACCGGCAUGGAGAGGGUCAUCGACAGUGUGGCUUUGUUUAAGAAGCCCGGUGUGACUGGUAGAGGACUUUAUAAACUCAGGCCAGAGUGUGCCAAGAUGUUCAACCUUUACUUCCACCAUUACUCCAGAGCUGACCAGUCUAAGGCUGAAGAGGCCCAGAGAAAAAUAAAGAGGCAAAAUGGGGAAGAUUCAGUUUUGCCUCCACCUGUUCUGCCUCGGUUCUGUCCGCUGUUUGCCAGCCUGGUGAACAUACUGCAGUGUGACGUGCUGCUGGGGAUUCUGGGAGCUGUGCUGCAGUGGGCAAUGGAGCCCAGCGGGGGACACUGGUCUGAGUCCAUGCUUCAGAGGGUGCUGCAUCUCAUAGGCAUGGGCCUGGUGGAAGAACAGCAGCAUCUCAUCGGAAGCGCAGAAGAUAAUGAUACCAACUUCACUCUCAAAAUCUCCAAACCAGGUGAGGCUCCUGCUAACACUCCCAGUAUCUUGGCUCUAUUGGAAACCCUGCAGAACGCUCCUCAUCUGGAGGUGCACAAGGACAUGAUCCGCUGGAUCCUCAAGACUGUGGCCAACAUCAAAACCACGCGAGAGUGCACGGCCAGUGCGCCCCCUAGUGACAGCUCAGGGCACAGUCAAGAGGAGACGGUGCGGGAUAAAGAUAAGGCGGAGCGGAAGAGGAAAGCAGAGAUGGCACGGCUCCGGAGGGAGAAGAUCAUGGCUCAGAUGUCAGAGAUGCAAAGACACUUCAUCAACGAGAACAAAGAGUUGUUCCAGCAGAGCCUGGAUGAGCUCGACCCCUCCACCUCCACCACUCUGGAGCACAGCCCCAGUUCGUGUGAUACUACACUGGUCUGUGUGGGUCCACGGCGGUGGCGUGCAGGCGGCAGCGAGAGGAGGCAGGUGGUGACAUGUAUCCUGUGUCAGGAGGAGCAGGAAAUCAGGACUGACGGCAAAGCCAUGGUGCUUGCUGCUUUUGUCCAGCGCUCCACAGUCAUGUCCAAAAACCGCAAGAGACCUCCACACAACCCAGAUAAGUAUGACCCUCUCUUCAUGCACCCCGACCUGUCGUUCGGCACACACACAGGCAGCUGCGGACACAUCAUGCACUCGCACUGCUGGCAGAGGUAUUUUGAAGCAGUGCAGGCUAAAGAGCAGCGCAGGCAGCAGAGGCUACGUGUGCACACCAGUUACGACGUGGAGAACGGAGAGUUCUUGUGUCCACUCUGUGAAUGUCUGAGUAACACAGUCAUUCCUCUGCUGCCUCUUACAAAGACCAGCUGCAGCUCUGAACAGCCUGAUCUGAACCAGUGGUUGAACAUCACAUCUCUGCAGAUGAAAGCCCUGCUCUCUGCUCACAGGAAGGCCAAGGCUGCUGAUGCUGAUGGUGUUGAUAUGGAUGGUGUUAAUGACUGUCCUCCACCUGAUGGCUUCAAACUGGACUACACUCCAAAGAAUCUGUACUCAAGCACCAUAAAGGAGAUGUUGACCACGUUUGGGACAGCUACAUAUAAAGUGGGUCUUAAAGUGCACCCAAAUGAGCAGGACCCCCGCGUGCCAAUCAUGUGCUGGGGCAGCUGUGCCUACACCAUUCAGUCCAUAGAGAGAUUGCUGGUGGAUGAAGAGAAGCCUUUGUUUGGAAGUUUACCAUGCAGACAGGAUGACUGUUUGAGUUCUCUGACUCGGUUUGGCUCGGCCUGCUGGACCGUCUCCUCUCAUGCCACUGUACAGAAUCACUUUAUUAGGCUCUUAGCAGCACUUAUUCCUGAUCCUCGGGUGGAGAAUACACCAUGUAUUCUGGACAUAGACAUGUUUCACUUGCUGGUGAGCUUGGUGCUGUCCCAUCCAGCAGUUUUCUGUCUGGAUUCCUCAGGGCUGAGCGCAGACACUGCACAACUGCACUUUCUGCAUCUUGUCACAGUUGCUCACAUAGUCCAGAUCCUCCUAACCUCCGUACCAGAGGAGGUGCAGAUGGAGCAGGAAAGUGGAGGAGCAGAGAGGGAAGAGGAGGAGAAAGUGUGUAUGCUCUACAACACACUCAGGACGCAUCUGGGAAGCGGUCUGCAUGAGGUGAACUCAGGCUGGCAUCUGUGGCGCUGUGUGAAAGCUGGAAUCCUGCCUUAUCUGAGGGCAGCCGCUCUGUUCUUCCACUAUCUCAACGGAGCUCCAGCACCACCCGAGUUACAUACUCUAGAUGUGGGUGAAUGGGAGGCUCUGUGUGGAUACCUGUGUCUGCCCUCCAACCUGCUCCAGCUCUUCUACAACAACCGGGAGCUCAUGGAACCUCUGCUGCACGGGUGGUGCUCUCAUCCAAGUGUGCUGCAGGGUCUUCAGAGCAGCGUGGCUCUCAUCAGGUUUCCUAGAGAGUCCAAUCAUCUCAUUGAGCUGCCGGGUGACUACAGCGCCCUGAUUAACCAGGCCUCCAGCUUCACGUGUCCUAAAUCUGGAGGGGAUAAGUCUCGUGCUCCUACUCUGUGUCUUGUGUGUGGUGCUAUGCUGUGCUCUCAGAGCUACUGCUGUCAGACCGAGCUGGAAGGAGAGGAUGUGGGCGCAUGCACCGCACACACUUUCGCCUGCGGAGCCGGAGUCGGCAUCUUCCUCAGGGUGCGGGAAAGUCAGGUUCUGUUCCUGGCUGGCAAAACUAAGGGCUGUUUUUAUGCUCCCCCAUACCUGGACGACUAUGGGGAAACAGAUCAAGGGCUAAGACGGGGAAACCCAUUACACUUGUGCCAAGAGCGCUACAGGAAGAUCCAGAAGCUGUGGCGCCAGCACAGCAUCACCGAGGAGAUCGGCCACGCUCAAGAGGCCAAUCAGACUUUGGUGGGCAUCGACUGGCAGCACCUGUGAAGUCACGUGAUGCUUUCUCACACCUUCGCCCCACCCUUAACGCAAGGGGACCCGCACAGCAGAGCUAGAGGUUGCCAAGGCGUCACCAAGGCCUCUUGCUCUUCCUCCACCCCUUUCUCCAUCUUUCUGACAGUGGAUGAAUGCAUGACGUUUUUUUUUUUUUUUUUUUGCUGGGAGAUUUUUCUAUUCCCGUUUUCUUUUAAAUAUGAUAUAAAUACAUAUUUAAAAAGACACAUAGCCAAGGUAUUGAACCCCAACAAUAUUGAAUGCUAUUUAAUUUCUUCUCCAAGUAAUAUUAAAUUAUUUUCAAGGUAUUUUGCUUAAAUAUAUAGGUUUCACAAGACAGUUCUCUUAUCGCUUGGGAAUUGACCAGUGGUGCUGCCCUUCAAGUAAGCACAAAUGUCCCUCAGCGCCCAUGCGGGGAUAGCGCCACCUGUAGGAUACACAGCACCCUCUCUGCCCCAGUCAUCUCGAAUGCUCCAAUACAUUGGUUAAGGCCACCUAAUUAACAUUCUCAUGUUUAUACAAUACAAGCCAACGUGGGGAAGAUCCGGGAGCACGUGAAUAUGUCCUUGAAUGCCUGGUUUCUGUUUGUCUGGGUUGUGUAUGUUUGCGUGAGUGAGUUUUUACGUACAGGUGUUUAGUUGGUAUGUUUCUAAUAUGAUGGAUUUCUAAGGUGGUCCAUUUUUAUGACCGUUUGUUUCUCGUUCUUUUGUGACAGGUAUUAUUUAUGUGUUUCUUGCGGCUGUGUGUUGUAUGUGACCUUGAUCUAUGGAAUCAUGCUUUCCACGAACUGAACAUGAAUUCCACUCUUACACAUGAUUUUGACGUGUGCCGUGUGUUGUGAUUUUGGACAUUUUGUUUCUUGAUACUGCUGCACAUUUCCUCAGCAGUAACGGAUGCAGAGUUGCAUAUCCUUAAUUCAGUUUCGACUUUGGUCUGCUUUAGACUGUUGGUUUUUCUUUAUAGUGGCCUUGGCUUGGGGCUUUAGUCCAAAUCAAAAGUUUUAUUUGUCAGUUACGCAGAAACGCAUUAAAACACACCGUUGCUUCUUUCAGAAACAAGUUUUCAUGUCUUGCGCAAUUCAGAUGAAAAGCCUGUUUCUAAUGCGGUGAACAUAUUUCCUGAGACACUUCCAGUGGCUGCAGCAGUGUAUUACAUCACCAACUGACUUGUUAAUAUGUGAAUUCUUGUAUAAAUGGGUACAUUGUACUAUAUUGUAAAACAUUAAUGAAAUAA